GAUUUUGCUAAGUCUGGAAGCAAGACUAUAUAACCUUGUUUUUGUGUCGCUAAUUUUGUGUGCGAUUGACUUCAAAAUAUAUCAUCUUUGGGGGGCUUUUGGAGCAUAUUUUACACUUCAAGGGGUAAAUAAACCAUGGGCGUUGAGGUUGAAACAAUAUCACAAGGAGAUGGGGUUACACGGCCAAAGAAAGGACAAAUUUGUGUUAUACAUUACGUGGGGAAACUGACGUCAAGUGGCAAGGUGUUUGAUCAAUCCAUUGUACGUCAGCCACUCAAGUUCACUCUAGGAAUGGGUGAGGUUGUGAAAGGAAUGGAUGAAGGCAUCGCUCAGAUGAGUGUAGGAGAGAAGGCAAAUCUGAAGUGCUCUCCUGAUUAUGGCUAUGGUGCAAUGGGCUAUCCUGGAGUGAUACCAGGCAACGCAGAGCUGACGUUUGAGGUUGAACUGUUGAGGAUAGAGUGCAAGUGAUUCUCUGCUGGAUGGAAUACAAUAUAUGUGACUGGGAUGUCAUCCUACCCCACUGUUUGCCAUCCAUCAGAAGUGCAAGUCAGGGAAAUAUUCUUAUUUUUCAUCAAUGUUAUGUAAAUUAUACACGAUGGCACCUGAAUAUUCAUAUAUGCAAGGAGAAUGACGAAUAGAAGAAAUGUGAUGAACUGACAUAGUGUGGCGUAAAGGCCCAAAGCCUUAGUUUGAUAGAGAAAGAAAAGAUUAACGACUAGAUCAGCAAGCAAAAAAAAAGAGGAUACCGGUAAUCUUAUGUGUAGAUUGAUCCAUUGUAUUAUCUUAUUUUUUUAAUAUUUAGUCUUUGAUCUGAUCAUUUAAACUAUGUAAAACCUUUGCCAAUAUCAACUUUUGACCAAUGGCCACAUUGUCUGAGUAUCCAACACAAUAACAUUCAAUUUCAAACAUGUAUCUGUAUUCAAUUGAUGCUACUUUUUAACCAGAAACUUUCGCAGCAGGAAACUUGUAAAUGGUUAAAGAUGGCCCUUUUGCACGUCAAGAACAACAUUUUGUCAUUUUGACCCAAAAUAUAGUGUUGUCUCAAUUGUGAUUCAAUUAUUUUGCGGCAUGAAAUUUUCCAAUCCACUCUUGAAAUUAUUGAACAUUUAAUGCACGCAAAAGUUUCUGGAAAGAACAC